UGCGCCGCACACUGUCUACCGCACACUGUCUACCGCACACAGUCUACCGCACACAGUCUACCGCACACAGUCUACUGCUCUGAAUUUAUACAGGACAGAGACGUGAGAGAGACGGAGUGAGAGACACUGAGGUGUAGACAGAGACAGUGAGGAGGGGAAUAGGAUUACAGAAGGCGUGUUGUUGGCGAGGAGAGGCAGAUAAUCUAGGCUUGGCAGUGGGCUUGGCUUGGUUCAUCUCUGUCUUUCUUCCCCUCUCUCUGUCUGUCUGUCUGAGGGCAGCAGUCGUCGUAGUUGGUUCCUCUGGGGGUCUGCCAUGGUUGUCUGGAGAGCCGACGGUGGUUGGGGUGCGGCGAGAGGAUCAUGAAUUUCGAUGGGGAGUUUUGAAGAGUUUCUGCAGAGAAAGCCCAACUAUUACACUCAGAGAAGGAGGCGUGGAUUUGAACCCGAGGUGGUGCCACACCCAACCCAGCUGAUUCCAGAUGGAAGUGGAUGCGGUUGAGAAGCACCAUCGAACUCGUUCCAAAGGGGUCCGAGUUCCAGUGGAGACGGCAGCACAGGAAUUAUUCAGCUGUCCUACUCCAGGCUGUGAUGGAAGCGGACACGUCAGCGGCAAAUACGCCAGACACCGAAGUGUCUAUGGUUGCCCCCUGGCCAAAAAGAGGAAGACCCAGGAGAAACAGCCUCUGGAGCCUGCCCCCAAGAGGAGGCCCUUCUUAACCCCUCCCGACCCAGAGGAGGACACUGUUGCCAUCUUCCCCUGCUAUGAACCUGAACCCAUGGAUGAGAGGGAGGAGAAGGAGCAGGGGGAGUUAGAGGGGGAGAUCCAGGAGGAAGGUGAGGGAGAGGAAGAGGGAGAAGAGAUGGAGGAGGAGGAAGGAUUUUCGGAGGAUAACGAGGAGCAAGGUGAUGAGGAAGGGGAAGAGGAGGAAGAGGAGGAAGAGGUGGAGAGGGAGAAAGUGGUAGUAGGGCCAGUAGAGGUAGAACAGGUGGAGGAUGGGAUAGAGGAAGACGAGGAAGCAGAGGAUGGGGAUGAUGAAGAGCAAGAAGAAGAGGAGGAGCAAGAGGAGGAGGAGGAUGAGGGUGAUGAAGAUGAACAUGAGGAAGAAGAGGAGGAAGAAGUGCACCAUGAGCCAGUAAGGGCUGAAAGGUCUAUCCUUCCUUUCAUGACCACAGGGAACCGCUACAAAAAUAGUGGACAAUCAAGGCAUCACUCGAUGGGACAGAAGGACAACAACAACAACAACGGCCCCGGUCCAAACAUCGGCCCUAACGGGGAAGAGUAUGAAAACUAUGAUGAGCUGGUGGCCAAGUCCCUUCUCAACCUGGGGAAGAUAGCAGAGGACGCUGCCUACCAGGCCAUGACCGAGUCAGAGAUGAACAGCAACUCCUCCAACAGUGCCGGCGAGGACGAUGAUGAUGAUGAGGAAGAGGGUAGCGAGCGCGGCGGGAGCAGGAAGGGCGAGUUGAGCGUGGACCUGGACAGUGACGUGGUCAGGGAGACAGUGGAUUCACUCAAGCUGUUGGCGCAGGGCCACGGUGCCAUGUUGCCUGAAGAUGGCUGCCUAGAAGGGGUGGAUGACGGCGAGCAUCCCAACGGGCGGUCCCACCAUCAUGGGGUCAGGGGUCAGGCUGAGGAGAGCGAAGAGGAGGUGUGUCUCAACAGCCUGGAGUGUCUGAGGAACCAGUGCUUUGACCUGGCCCGCAAGCUAAACGAGACAUCUCCAUCUGACCGCCCUGGCCACCCGGGCCUGCACCACUACCAGGCACAUCAGAACCACCACCCUCACCAGCCCCACCACCACCUACUGCACCAAACCGACCACCAGCACCAUCAGGCUCAGCACCAGCCUCAGGACCACCACCACUUGCCCAGGUACGAGAGCUGCCAGCAGGGCCAGCAGCCAGACGAGCGUGGGUCCCUGGAGCGCAACUACUCAGACAUGGUCAACCUGAUGAAGCUGGAGGAGCAGCUGAGCCCGGCCUCAAGGACGGGCUACUCGGCCAGCUGCCACCAGGACGGGGAUGAGGACACCACAUCGGUGGCCUCGGACCGCUCGGAAGAGGCCUUCGACAUGACAAAAGGCAACCUGUCCCUGCUGGAGAAGGCCAUUGCUAUGGAGUCGGAGCGAGCCAAGGUCAUGAGGGACCGCAUGGCCUUGGAUGGACAUCAUGCGGUGGUCCGGAGGGACAAUCAUAAUCACCACCAUCGCGGCGAGCACAGCCCCCGACAGAGCAGCGGGGCUGAGGAGCGCAAGUCCAGAAUGCACCACGACGGGUCAAAGAGAGCAUACUACCCUAAAGAUUCCUCAAGGGGGGACAAGAAGGAGAGUAAGUGUCCAACCCCGGGCUGUGAUGGGACAGGCCACGUCACGGGUCUCUACCCCCACCACAGGAGCCUGUCAGGCUGCCCCCACAAGGACAGGGUGCCACCAGAAAUUCUUGCAAUGUAUGAAAAUGUUCUAAAGUGCCCUACUCCUGGCUGCUCGGGGCGUGGCCAUGUCAAUAGCAACAGGAACUCCCACCGCAGUCUCUCGGGGUGCCCCAUCGCCGCUGCAGAGAAGAUGGUUAAAGUCCAAGAGAAGCACAUCCCAUGUGACGGGGGCCCCAAGUCCAGCCAGGCAUCAGAUCGUGUGCUGAGGCCAAUGUGCUUUGUGAAACAGCUGGAGAUCCCACAGUACGGUUACAAAAAUAACGUGUCCACCAGCACGCCGCGCUCCAACCUGGCCAAGGAGCUGGAGAAGUACUCCAAGACCAGCUUCGACUACGGCCAAGGCUACGACAGCCAGCACCACGUCUACAGCAGGGGGAAGACAGGCCUGGCCCCCAAAGCCCACGGACGGGACACAGACACCUCACCCAAAGGAUAUGAUGCCAAGCACUACUGUAAGAGCCCAGCCAGCAGCACGACUAGCAGCUAUGCUCCCAGCAGCACGACUAGCAGAUACGCUCCCAGCAGCACGACGAGCAGAUACGCUCCCAGCAGCAGCAGUCUGAGCUGCGGAGGGGGAGGAGGAGGGGGCGGCAGCAGCGCCAGCAGCACCUGCAGUAAGAGCAGCUUUGACUACACACAGGAUACAGAGGCUGCUCACAUGGCCGCGACGGCCAUCCUCAACCUGUCCACGCGCUGCAGGGAGAUGCCCCACGGCCUGGGAGGCAAACCCCAGGAUCUCCUCUCCCAGAGUCCUGAUGGUGACAUGGAUGACAGCAGUACUCUCGACCUGAGUGUGAGCCGGGGGCAGCCGGGGGGUCCGGAGGGGAGUGGCACGGUGCUGACCCCCCUGCAGCCCAUGUCCACCCAGCGCCAGGCCCUGCUCAACAGCAGCCGCUGCUACCAGAUGAGUGAGGCCGACUGCUGGGACCUGCCCGUGGACUACACAAAGAUCAAACGCAUCACUGACGACAAUCACAAAGAGUCUUCUUUUCUUUCAUCCCUCCACCAGGAGGAGGACCUGGACCCGUUCCAGGACCUUCUAGACGAGCAUCACUACGGAGGGGACGUGACCAUGCCCAGCCCAAAACACAAGUACGCCCCCUGCAAGGAGGGCAAGGAGGAGCUCAUCACUCUCUCCAGCUACCAGCUAGCUGACAAAAGCAUCUGCAGUAUGAUGAUGACCAAUGCGCAAGACCUCAAGUGUCCCACUCCAGGAUGUGACGGGUCUGGACACAUCACUGGGAACUACGCCUCGCACAGGAGACCUUUCCCCUCUAGUCUGUCAGGCUGUCCACGGGCCAAGAAGAGCGGGAUCAAGAUACUGCACAGCAAGGAGGACAAGGACGACCAGGAGCCAAUCAGGUGUCCCGUCCCAGGCUGCGACGGACAGGGUCAUGUGACGGGGAAGUAUGCGUCCCACCGCAGUGCGUCAGGCUGCCCCCUGGCGGCCAAACGGCAGAAGGAUGGCUACGUUAACGGCUCCCAGUUUGCCUGGAAGUCCGGGAAGACAGAUGGCAUGUCGUGCCCAACCCCAGGCUGCGAUGGAUCGGGACAUGUCAGUGGGAGCUUCCUGACACACCGGAGUCUCUCCGGCUGUCCCCGUGCCACCUCAGCCAUGAAGAAAGCCAGAAUGACAGGAGUUGAAAUGUUGACAAUCAAGCAACGGGCAAGCAAAGGAAUAGAAAAAGAUGAGGAAAUCAAACAGCUGGAUGAAGAAAUCAAAGAUCUAAACGAAUCAAACAAUCAAGUGGAAUCAGACAUGAUUAAACUUAGGACACAAAUCACCACUAUGGAGACUAACCUGAAGUCCAUAGAGGACGAGAACAAAGUGAUUGAGCAGCAGAAUGACUCCCUACUGCACGAGCUAGCCAACCUCAGCCACUCUCUCAUCAACAGCUUAGCUAAUAUCCAGCUCCCACAUAUGAAACCGAUGCCACAGAAAGAGGCCCCAGUUAAACAUAGCUGCUGUUUACAGAUGCCCCACAGAGAGCCAAUGAAUGAACAAAACUUUGACACUUAUGUGAGUACUUUGACAGACAUGUACACCCAUCAGGACCAAUACCAGAGUCCAGAGAACAAGGAACUAUUGGAGAACAUCAAACAAGCGGUGCAAGGCAUCCAAGUGUAGUAGCCUAUCUUCUGGCCAAAAGGCCCAGUCUGAGGCCAAAUCAAAUGAUGUUAAAGCAACAAAUAAAAGUCAAAAGAGAAUGGAUUAUGAUUGUUGCUGCUGUAAUUUACCGUAGUAUUUAUUUUAUUCAUUAUGCUGUAAUGCUCUGAGCUCCAUUGUAAUGGCUUUUCUGCCUUGCUUUAAAAAUAGUUCCCAAUGGCAAAAGUUUCAAAGAACAUUCACGUUUUGUACAUUUUCAUAUGACCUAAUAUAAUGUGAUGUACUGUUUAUAGCUGCUAAUGUAUGCACAUUUUAGUGUAUAUGUAUUUAUUAAUUGUAAGCUUGUAUCAUUCAUUAUUUUAACGAUAUUGAUAAAAAGGACAAAACUGAGUGCCACAGGUGGGGAGCCAGAUGAGGGCAAUGUGCGGACCAAUCAGAACUGAGUGCCACGGGUAGGGAGCCAGAUGAGGGCAAUGUGUGGACCAAUCAGAACUGAGUGCCACGGGUAGGGAGCCAGAUGAGGGCAAUGUGAAGACCAAUCAGAACUGAGUGCCACGGGUAGGGAGCCAGAUGAGGGCAAUGUGCGGACCAAUCAGAACUGAGUGCCACGGGUAGGGAGCCAGAUGAGGGCAAUGUGAAGACCAAUCAGAACUGAGUGCCACGGGUGGGGAGCCAGAUGAGGACAAUGUGAAGACCAAUCAGAACUGAGUGCCACGGGUAGGGAGCCAGAUGAGGGCAAUGUGAAGACCAAUCAGAACUGAGUGCCACGGGUGGGGAGCCAGAUGAGGACAAUGUGAAGACCAAUCAGAACUGAGUGCCACGGGUAGGGAGCCAGAUGAGGGCAACGUGAAGACCAAUCAGAACUGAGUGCCACGGGUAGGGAGCCAGAUGAGGGCAAUGUGAAGACCAAUCAGAACUGAGUGCCAUGGGUAGGGAGCCAGAUGAGGGCAAUGUGAAGACCAAUCAGAACUGAGCGCCACGGGUGGGGAGCCAGAUGAGGACAAUGUGAGGACCAAUCAUUUUUAGAUAAGCUUUUAAGUAUGUCAUAGAAAACAAAAAUGACCUUUGGUGUGAAGAUUGUUUAAUGGAUGUAAAUGUAUUGAUUUUUGUAACAAUGUUUGAAAAACUCUUUGUCUUCAGUGGUCUGUGUGAACACUAAUAAUAAUGUCUGUGUUUAAAUCAAGUUUAAGAAGAAACCAUGUAUAAAUAUGACACAUUUUAAACAUCAUGACACGGAAACUGCUAACUGGUCCAACUCCCAUAACCUAGAAUGACUAUACUUCAUUUACUUAGAAAUAAAACGUCUUAGUAAUCUGUGUUGUUAAAAACACAGUUAGAUGUCCAACUCUCAUAACCUAGAAUGACUAUACUUCAUUUACUUAGAAAUAAAACGUCUUAGUAAUCUGUGUUGUUAAAAACACAGUUAGAUGUCCAACUCCCAUAACCUAGAAUGACUAUACUUCAUUUACUUAGAAAUAAAACGUCUUAGUAAUCUGUGUUGUUAAAAACACAGUUAGAUGUCCAACUCCCAUAACCUAGAAUGACUAUACUUCAUUUACUUAGAAAUAAAACGUUUUAGUAAUCUGUGUUGUUAAAAACACAGUUAGAUGUCCAACUCCCAUAACCUAGAAUGACUAUACUUCAUUUACUUAGAAAUAAAACGUUUUAGUAAUCUGUGUUGUUAAAAACACAGAGCGAGAUGUCCAACGACCAAUGGCUAUGGAAAAUAUAAAGGAGACAAUCUAGCAUUACUAAUUUAUAUGAAUUCUAUUGAAUACUUAGUAGGACCACUUAUCAGCAAUAUUGGUAUAACAAUGAUUACAUCACUUGUUUAGAUAUGGGAUGCAAUCGAUAUAGAAAAAGUUUGGGUAUAUGCAAUUUCUUGUAAAUGAAAUUAUAGCUGAUAAAACUCUUUUUACUAACAAUGUAAAUGUAUUAAGUUUUGUAUAAAUCUUUUAAUACAAUCAUGUUUUAGAAAUUCAACAUGGGGAGAUCAGUUCCAAAAUGAACGAUAGAUGAGUUAAUGAGUUUGGUUCUUUUCAUGUUACAUUUUGCACAGGGACACCUUUGUUUCCAUGUUUUGAUGUUUUGAUUGAAACUUAAAGAGGUACUUGAAAGCUCAAAUUGAUGGUCAGAGGUUUUGUAGAAAAGUUAUCUUUACAACAGCUGAUUGAUGCGCUCGACUUACAGGGUCAACGUCCUUCAUUAAUCAUAGUAUAUUAUUGCACUUGUUCAGUUGAAAUGUCUUUGCGAUCAUGCAUCUAUGUGUCUGAGCCACAACACAUUACGUGAGAUAAAGACUGCUCUUUGAUUCAGUCCUAAAAGUGGAUAUAUUGGUAAAAAAACAUGUUAUAUCGAUAUCCAUUAUAACAGCAAAGAAUGCUAACCAACAACAAUGACAUUGGUAAUAGUGGUCCAUGAUUGUUUCUAUGAUUGAUGGCAAUUUCAUGAGUAAAUUGCAAUCACUUUCUAUGAGACACCCUUAAUACAUGUAUUCAUAGUACGUAAAGGCCCAAUGCAGUCAAAAACAUGAUUUUUCUGUGUUUCAUAUAUAUUUCCGCACAAUGAGUUUGGAAUAAUACUGUGAAAUUGUGAAAAUGAUGAUAAUGCCCUUUUCGUAAAGAGCUGUUUUAAAAGACUGCCUGAAAUUUCUGCCUGUUUUGGUGGGAUGGGAGUUUUGGCUGUAAAUUAGUUAAAAGACUAACAAGAAAGCGAGUUCCAAAUCUCUCUGCCAAUAACAGCUAGUUUUCAGUUUUCCGAUCCCCACUCAGAUCACUCCCAGACAGCCCUAGAAAAAUUAUUGCUUGAGAAAUUGCUCUUUGCUGAGAAGCUGUUUUUGUUGAUUUUUAACCAUUUUAAUUGAAAACAAUCACAGUAACCUACUUGUUUCCCAGAAAGGAUUUGAUAUUGAGAUAAAAACAGCUGAACUGGACCUUUAAAAACACCAUUAUAAUGCAAUGUAAGUGUCAAUGUCAGCCCCCUAUAAUGCCGUUAUCUUUUAAACAUCAGCCAACUGCAGUAAUCUACCCUUACAUAGUAUGUACUUGUUACUAAUUCAAUUUUCUCUACAAAUUGGCAUAACCAUGCGACUUGCAUUUGCUGAAGAUGACUCUACUAAUGGAUUAUAAAUGUGUUCUUAAUACAGUUUAUCGUGCAUGCACUUCAUGCGAGUAUGAAUAUGGGUAAAUAGAGAGAAUGGUUCACGUAAGACAUAUGUGGAAGUAAGCUUGUGUGUGGAGUCAACGAGACAGAGCUCCGUGAGUCAAGUUCACUUCAGACAUCCCUUUUUGAUAGUCAACCUGAGGGUGCUAUUGUCAUUGACCUGAUCUCACUGGUGGAAUGUGGACUUCUACUAGACUAGAGGUCCACAUUCCAUAUGACUCCUCAUGUCUGUGUCUAAAGCUUUGUGUCAGCAGCUUAUUGCCAAUAUAGCAAAGCUUUAGACAGAUCGACAGCUUCUACUAUUUUUCUUUAGUCAAUUAUUCUUACUGAUACAAAGGAAAUGGGAAUUUUAAGCACAAAUCUGCUGCUCACCAACAGUCAGUUCAUAUUGUAAUAUCAAAUGUUAAAGUUUAUCUGUAAUUAUUUACAUACAGAACACUAACAUGUCACAUGCUAGAAUGCAGAAUAAUUUUCGUAUGAAUAUUUGGGAAUUCGUGAAUUUAUUAAACUGCUACAAUUAUAAUUUACUUUGAGUAAUGCUUUAAUGAAAAUGAUUUUAUACUAAAUGUAUUUCCUUCUCUCCUUUCCCCUGCCCCCUCUUGCAAACUUUCCAACUUCAUUUUGGUACCACAUGGCAUGAUUUGUGUUGAUCUAUCAUUUUUGUUGUAUAUGUUAAAAAUCACAAGUUGCUAUGAUAUUUCAUUUGAAAUUGUGAUGUUUGUACGAUUUUUAUCAUGCUGGUGUUAACAUCUCUUACUCUGAAUAAAACGUGUGUUGCAACACUAACUUGUA